AUGGAGGAUAGAAUACAGUUCGACAUCAACGAAUCGCUCAAGUACUACUUGAGUGAUCCAGCAUCUAUCCCUACUCCCGAUGCAGACCCAGAACUGUUGGACUGCGAGUCCGACCCAAAUCAGCUAUCAACAACGCUUGUGGACAGUGUUCUGAACCCGAUCGUGGAUGCGGUCGCCGAGAACCCAGAAGGACUCACGAGAUCAUCAUUCUUCGACUCACUACAAUUUUUACUCAAAUACCCGAGCUUCCUUCCCGCAAAAUCUCUCAGCAAAGUUCUCGACUUGAUCGUUUCUGGACUGUCGGUCGAAGCCGAGAUAAUUCACAGUGAUCUCGAGUCCGAUGAGCAAGAUGCGAUUCAACAUCACAAGCAACUUUUGGAGAUGUAUGGGUUCUUGCUUCAGUGGGCUCUGUCUGCCGUGGAGGUGAAGGCAGCAGAGAAGCCCGCCGAGUCUGCACCUGUUCGCAGCCGCGGUCCCAAGUCCAAGUCCAAAUCGACCAAAGAUGGCCAGUGGGACUGGGUACCGCAGAUUCAGAUCUCCAUGGAGACCAUGUGCAAGGUGAUGAAGCUCAAGCUCGGUCGCAUAUUCCUAACAACUUCAGAUCGCGACACUUUUAUUACAUUGUUCACUCGCACGAUUUACCUCAUACUGGAGAGCGAGCAACGGGUGAAGAGCAUGGUGAUUCGCAUGCACGCUUUCAAAGUCUUGUGUAUCGCGGUCAAGCAUCAUGGUCAUGCCUUUGGCGCGCAAACCUCCAUUGUACAGAGUCUCACAUACUUUGAGCAUCUUUCUGAACCGAUGGCCGAGUUCCUCCACAUUCUCGCAGAGCAAUACGAUUAUCCACAGCUUUCAGAUGAGAUUUUAAAGGAGUUGGGAAAUAAAGAGUUCAACUCUAACGAUACGCGAGGACCAAAGUCCGUCUCUGCCUUCAUCAUCAAACUGUCCGAGCUCGCCCCGCGGUUGAUCAUCAAGCAAAUGACCCUUCUCGCAAAACAGCUGGACAGUGAGGCCUACACGCUCCGCUGCGCCGUCAUUGAGGUCUGUGGAAACCUAAUCUCCGAUUUGAGCCGGCAAGAAGAACCCAGCGAGAACUCCAAGACACAAAUCAACGCAUUCUUCGACGUACUGGAAGAGCGCUUCCUUGAUAUCAACCCGUACUGCCGAAGCCGAGCAAUUCAAGUCCUCAUGCGGAUCUGCGAUUUGGAGCAGAAGUUCCCGAAACGCCGACAAGCCGCUGCGCAGCUGGCUGCGAGAAGUUUGGAGGACAAGAGUAGCAACGUUCGUCGAAAUGCAAUCAAGUUGCUGUCGAAAUUGGUUGCAACACAUCCCUUCAGCGUUAUGCAUGGUGGCCAACUCUCCCACAAGGAGUGGUCCGAGAGGUUGGAUGGUGUCGACCAGGAGCUGAAUUCUUUGCGCCCUGCAGAGACUCCUGGGUUUGACGGCGAGGCUACCCAAGUCGACCCUGAGCUCCUGGAUGAUGCUACUCAAUUGCCUGAUGAGUCCCCCUCCAAGGCACCGCGGAUGUCAGAGGAGCAAAAGGCGGAGGCGAUGCGCAAAGCCGCUGAACAGGCUGCUACGUCCGAGUUGCUCACGCGGCUGCAAUUGACGAGGAAAUACUACAACGAGGCCAUUCGGUUCAUUGAGGUCCUGCACUCUGCAUCGACUAUCGUAUCUCAGUUGUUGUCGUCACGAAACAAGAGUGAGGUCAUCGAGGCCAUGGACUUUUUCGUGAUGCUUGACGCGUACAAGGUUGAAACAGCUCGCAGCGGAAUUCGCCGCAUGCUGCGACUCAUCUGGACCAAGGGCAACAGUGACGAAGGCAAGGGUGUCCAAACUCACUUGAUUGAUUGUUACAAGGGUCUCUUCUUCGACGCUCCGGAUUCUUUCAGCCCGAACGAUGCGGCCAAUUACAUUGCCCGUAACAUGAUCAGCUUGACUUUUGGGGCGACUCCGGCCGAGCUGACCUGUCUCGAGCAACUUCUCAGCACCAUGAUGAAAGCUGGACAUAUCUCGGAGGCCGUCAUUGCGAAGCUAUGGCAGGUCUACAGUGUCACCAGGAAAGAAAUCUCCAAGACUCAGCGCCGAGGCUCUAUCAUUGUUCUGGGUAUGUUGGCGUUGGCAGAUCCCGAGGUUGUUGUCAAGGAGAUCGAUGCGAUGCUGCGCAUUGGUCUUGGUUCUUUGGGGCGAUCAGAUCUUGUGCUCGCCAAAUACACAUGCAUUGCCCUCCGACGCAUGGUCCCCGGACGCCAGGCGAAGGCUAAGGAUGUUGUGAGUGUGCCUAAGCUCGCCAAUGAUCACUCGGUUCUCGUCAGGCUGGCGGCGAUUCUGGAGAUCGUUUCGGAGAGCAAGGAAUGGUAUGGUGUGGCUGAGCAGGCAAUCAGCGCCAUCUACGCGUUGUCUAAGCACCCGGAUGUUCUCUGCUCUGACAUUCUCCGUCGCAAGACACGCUUCGUCUUCCAACCUCAGUCUGAACGCUCGUCCUCACCCCACUCCACAAUCAACGGCGAAGACCAAAGGCAUGGAACAAUUGAGCCCAGUGAAGAAUCAGCACCUAGAUCGAAGCCCUCGUCGGCAGCUCUGUCGCAACUGUUGUACGUUGUAGGUCACAUUGCGAUCAAGCAGAUCGUGCACCUGGAGUUGUGUGAGCUGGACUUUAAGCGACGCAAGGCUGAGCAAGAAAAGACUAAGACCGCUGAGGCUACCGCGGCCAAAGAUGGUGAUGCCGAGGCCGAUGAGCUUGAUCUCAUUGGAGGAACCACCGAGGAUGACUUUCAGGACGCAAUGGCUCACAUCCGAGAGCGAGAACUUCUGUAUGGGGAGAACUCCCUGUUGGCCAAGUUUGGCCCGCUCGUUGAGGAAAUUUGCGCAAACAACAAUGCCUACCCCGACUGUGACCUCCAAGCGUCCGCAACGCUCUGCAUGGCGAAGCUCAUGUGCGUGUCGUCCGAAUAUUGUGAGAAGAACCUACCACUUCUGAUCACCAUCAUGGAGCGUUCGGAAGACCCAAUUGUCCGCAGCAAUGCUGUCAUCGCUCUCGGCGAUAUGGCUGUCUCCUUCAAUCACUUGAUUGAUGAGAACACAGACUUUUUGUAUCGUCGUCUGAAUGACGACGAUGCUUCCGUGAAGCGCACGUGUCUCAUGACAUUGACAUUCCUUAUUCUUGCUGGUCAAGUCAAGGUCAAGGGUCAGCUCGGGGAGAUGGCCAAGUGCUUAGAAGACGAGGACAAGAAGAUUGCCGACCUGGCUCGCAUGUUCUUCACUGAGCUGGCCACCAAGGACAAUGCCGUGUACAAUCACUUUGUCGACAUGUUCAGUCUGCUUAGUGCGGAACGGAAUUUGGAAGAGGCGUCCUUGCGUCGGAUUGUCAAGUUCCUCAUCGGAUUUGUUGAAAAGGAAAAACACGCUCGUCAACUCUCCGAAAAACUCGCCGCUCGUCUGCCCCGUUGCGAGACGGAGCGUCAAUGGAACGACGUCGCAUAUGCUUUGUCUUUGCUCCCGCAUAAGAACGAGGAGAUCGCCAAGGUUGUUGCUGCGGGUUUCAAUAAGGUCACUACAAACUCCAAUUCUGCUACCAGUGCCCCUUCAAGUACGCCGGCAAGCACAGCACCGGUCAGUGCGUCAGCAUAG